AUGACUUUACCAACUGUGCGACAACUUCUACUUUGCUGUUUGCUCUGGUGUCUUGGAUGUUGGAGCGUGACAGAUGCCAGUCUUCUGGAUCAGUGGGAAGAAGGGAUUGCAUUAAGAAAGGUUCGAGGCAUCCAAACUGAUGAUUUGAGUGAUGUUUUGUGGCGAGACCAGAAUGAGAAUCAAGUCCAGAAUGUUUUCAAAAGAUUCCUGUUUCAUUACUCUAAAGCACUCAACUCUGUUGGAGCUGUGCGGCAGCAGGCGAACUCAGUUCACCCUCUGAUGCGACUGUCCCCUAAGCUUUCCCAGAGGAGAAAGAAGAAGGUGGUGCUUUUGAAGAUUCGAGCUCUGCCGGAGGGGAUGUUGUAA